GUCUUCAUCUCUUUCUUCCACGUCUACGCGUUUUUGUGUCAUCAUUUGCUUCUUUGCUCAACUACACCCAUUAUCUUUUACUACUUUUCCUUUCUAAUCCCAUAAUAAGACCCAUUAAAAACAUUUUAUUAUUCAAACUACAUUCAUUGACUAUUUCAUCAAACUUCGACUCACGCUUCCUAGAAAUUUCCUCGAUCUUCCUAUAUAUAUCAAUAUAUGUUUCAGCUACUCUUUACUUCACUCCACACUCAAAAACUUCAUCUGGGUUUCAAUCAAUUAGUAAAAAGAACUCGAAUUUACAAUCUUAUUUCACUUGGGUUUCAAGAAAGUUGCCGUCUUUAAGCAUGGAGAACAACAAUCAAUCAUCUUUCUGGCAAUUCAGCGACCAGCUUCGUGUUCAGAACAAUAAUCUUUCAAAUCUCUCUCUUAACGAUUCCAUUUGGAGCAACUCAUAUGUGUCAAAACGGCCAGAAAAAGAUCGCCGGAAUUUCGACAUUCGGGUUGGUGGGGAUGUCAUCAACCCCAGCACCGUUGCCAGCGGCAACAAUUCCGGUCCAUCAAAUUCAGAUUUCAACGGGUUCAACUUUAAUUGGAAGAUCGGAUCCUCCGGUAGCAAUAUCGGAUCAACCAAUCAGAACCCAGUUGGUGAUUUUGGGAUCAAUGGUGGGUUCAAUAAAGGAAUUUAUUCGAAACCCAGUUUAAAUCUUAACCAGAAUUUUAAUCAGAACAGUAGCAGCAGUAAAGUUGUGAAUGGGAAAAGUGAAGGUGAGGAUGAUAAACAGGGUUAUGGGAGUAAGCAUUGGAAGAACAAAAAGAAUCAUGGUAACAACAAAAGCAGCGUCAAUAACAACAGUGACAAAGAUGGAGCUAAGAACAAUGUAGAUAAGAGGUUCAAGACUCUGCCACCGUCGGAAUCUUUGCCGAGAAAUGAAACAGUCGGCGGUUACAUUUUUGUCUGCAACAACGACACCAUGCAAGAGAAUCUCAAGAGGCAGCUAUUUGGUCUACCACCUCGUUAUCGCGACUCAGUGAGACAAAUCACACCUGGUUUACCUCUUUUCCUGUACAAUUAUUCCACCCACCAACUUCAUGGAGUUUUCGAGGCUGCAAGCUUUGGAGGUACGAACAUCGACCCAUCUGCUUGGGAGGAUAAGAAAAACGAAGGUGAAUCUCGUUUUCCUGCUCAGGUGCGAGUCAUGACAAGGAACGUAUACGAGCCAUUAGAGGAGGACUCUUUCAGGCCGAUACUUCACCAUUAUGAUGGCCCUAAAUUCCGCCUUGAACUCAACAUUCCCGAGGCUAUCUCGCUCUUGGACAUAUUCGAAGACAAGAAAAACUGAAGGGUGUGGGGCGUGGAGGUUUCUUGGCCACAGAUGGAAAACAUAUACUCAUAAGUAGAAGAAAUGAAAGGAAGUUUUUUUUUUUUUUUUUUGGUGUACUUGUCACCGAUCGAUGUGUAUAAGUUGAAUAGAUUUUGGGGAAAAAAAGAAGAGAAGUGUAGAAC